ACCCAAGUCCAACUGUCCUGAGCCUCAGCCUCAGAAACGGCGUGGAGGUAGGCAUAAGUAAAGAGGAGCAAAGGGAGGGUUUCAGCAUCUCGUUCAAUUCUUUAUUUAAGAGUGACAGUGAAUUCAAUAUGAAAAUUGGAAGUUGGGUAAAUUUAGAUUGAUGAAGAACGAACCCUAGGAUCGGCGUAGAUGCAUGUCGGUAGAGUAACGUUGGAUACGAAUUGGUUCCUGCAAUUCAUAUUCACGCUUUUUGUUCUCGCUUUGGGGGCUCUUCACCUGAUCAAGAAUACGGCCUCGAGAUACUUCGAAGUCGACUCCGGUUUCGAUCGUGGACCGAAAAUGCCUUCCAUCCCCAUCGACAGCAACGGCGAUGUCUCUACCUGUGCCGUUUGCUCCAAUCCCGCCCCCAAGAAGUGUUCGCGUUGUAAAUCUGUUCGUUAUUGCUCCUUAACUUGCCAGCAGGUGCACUGGAAAGAUGGGCAUAAGACAAAGUGUAAAGUAAAUUCAACACAGACUGCCAGAUCAAAACCUUUUUCAGGAGUUGCUUUGGUUCCUUCCUGUGGAACUUCUAAGAUCAGCAAGAAGCCAAGAGAGGUUCUUUUCCCAUAUAAUGAGUUUGUAGAACUUUUCAACUGGGAGAAACUGGGAUUCCCUCCGUGUGGACUCUUGAAUUGUGGGAAUAGUUGCUUUGCCAAUGUGGUUCUGCAAUGCCUUGUAUCUACCCGGCCUCUUGUUGCUUACUUAUUGGAGAAAGGGCAUCGGAAAGAAUGCAGACGUAAUGAUUGGUGUUUUCUAUGCGAACUUCAAUCUCACGUUGAAAGAUCAAGCCAGAGUCAGAAUCCAUUUUCACCAAUUAAUAUUCUCUCACGGUUGCCUAAUAUUGGAGGUAAUCUUGGUUAUGGAAGACAAGAGGAUGCUCAUGAAUUCAUGAGGUUUGCUAUUGAUACAAUGCAAUCAAUCUGCCUCGAUGAAUUUGGUGGAGAAAAAGCUGUAGAUCGUAGUUCUCAAGAGACAACCCUUAUUCAGCAUUUAUAUGGUGGUCAUCUGCAGUCUCAGGUGAUUUGUUCAAAUUGCAAUAAGAUUUCAAAUCAAUAUGAAAAUAUGAUGGACUUAACUGUUGAAAUUAAUGGAGAUGCUUCAUCGCUGGAGGAAUGCCUUGAACAAUUCACUGUUAAAGAGUGGCUUCAUGGGGAAAAUAUGUACAAAUGUGAUGGUUGCAAUGACUAUGUCAAGGCAUGGAAGCGGCUUACUAUACGAUGGGCUCCAAACAUUCUUACAAUUGCCUUGAAGAGAUUUCAGAGUGGCCGGUUUGGAAAACUCAACAAAAGAGUCAGCUUUCCUGAGACAUUAGAUCUUACCCAUUAUAUGAGUGAAGAUGGAGAUGAUACCAAUGUAUAUAAUCUUUAUGCAGUUGUUGUCCAUGUGGACAUGCUUAAUGCAUCCUAUUUUGGUCAUUACAUCUGCUGUACCAAAGAUUUCAGGGGAAACUGGUAUAGAAUUGAUGAUUGUAAGGUCAUGAGGGUUGAACUGGAAGAGGUACUUUCUCAGGGGGCAUAUAUGCUUUUAUAUAGAAGGGUUUCUGUACGCCCGUCGUGUCUUAGAACAUCGGGAUCUCAGGGGAAGGAUGAACAGAAAUCAAUGAAAUCCGAUGUUGAACAUUGUCCUGCGAAAGAAAUUCAGUCUGUACCUGAAAACGAGUCCAUUACUUCUCCUAGCCUUUCUCCAUCCAUGUUGUCGAACGGUAGUUUGCAUUCAGAAAUUCCUGGACUUAAAGUCGAGUCAUCUACAGGAAAUGAUGCUAUUGAUCAACAUCAGGAUGCUGAUGCGGUUCAGUUCAAGUCAAAUGCGUCACUUACUGAGGAACUUUCCCUCUGUGAAAACAAUUCCUCUUUCCAGAAUAAUUCACAAGUUAUCAGAACAGAUGGCGACCAUACAGAUAUGGUUAAUAAUAUAGCCGUGAGAGAAAAUCCGGAGAAUAUGAACAAGGGUGGUACUCGGCCAUGUUCUUCCGAUAAAGAGGUUGACAAAGAUCUGUUUGUUGCAACCAGCUCCGUAGCUCCAAAUGCCGAAAGUACGAACCUGGUUGACGAUGCAAGGUAACGCUCAUCAUCUACAAAAGAAAUAAAAAUUUACGAGUUAGAUU